AUGUUUCAAAGUAUACCAACUGAAGAUAAUGCAACACGUAUUCCAAGACCAUUGUUAUUAUCAGCGUACGGUGUUGACAAUAAAAUUACUGCAAUAAAUGUAUUAAAUCGAUGGAUGUAUAUUUUUCAACAUUGUUUGGAUCAAAAUGUCCGUAUUAUUGGAUUUUCUACAGAUGCCGACAGAAGAUAUGUAAGUGCUAUGCGUCUUGCAAGUGGUUUUUUUGCAUCAUUAUCUGAUUUACAAUUCGAUAAGCAUCAGCAUGCAUUCAAAAUUAAUGUACCAACACAUUGGAAAUGGUUUUUCCUUCGAAAUAACCAGUUAUUCUUGUUUUUUCAAGAUCCAGUCCAUCUUGUAACAAAAUGGAGAAAUCGAUUAUUGUCAACAACAACUGAUUUACGUUUUGGAACAGACAAAAUCACUAUAACACAUAUUGAAGCAUUGAUUAGUAACGAUCAUUAUACAAAACUGGAUCAUGGUCUCACAAUGAAAGCUUAUAUUGAUAAAUCAACAUCCGUUCGUGAACGUGUACAAUUAGCAUGGUGUGUCGUGUUCGUUUGUCGCAUAUGGUGGUCAUGGUUAAAAAUUAAUUCAUUUUCCAGUUCAUCAAGAAAUCACUUAGAUGAAAUUAAUACUUUAGAUCUUGAACAAAUUAUAGCAGACGCAUACAAUCAGGCAAUUGAUAUCGUACAUCACUCAAAAAUGUUACAAGAAUUAAAACAAAAUGAUAUAAUCGAUUUAAAAACCUUAAGUAAAUUUGUAUUUGACAGCUUAAGGAAGAGUUCAAAAAUGUUUGGCUAUUCGUCACGAGUAACAACUGAUAACAAUGAAGAACUAGAAUCAGAUGACGAUGGAGUUGAUGAAGAUGAGAGUGCGAGUAGUGAUGAUGAAGAUGAACUUUAUGAUGAGUUAUUGAAUUUUGAAAAUGAUGAUUACAACGACGAAGAAGAGAUAUUAAAUUCAACAAGAUCAAGUUUUGAUGGAAUAAAAAUUGUUGAUAAUAUUAAUCCUACGCUGAAACAUUCGUAUUUUAAAAUCAAAAUAAAUGAUAAAAUUAAAUAUCUUCACAAACAAUCAGCUUGCUGGCUAUUGUCCAACAAAUCAACAAGAUUAUCAAGUGAUCGCUUAUCUCGGGUCAUGCAACAAACAACUCAUAUUAGUUCAUAA